CGGUAGCGUUGUGUAUCGGAAGGGCAAGGCAAAUCCCGGGGCUACAUCACUGACCGCAGCUGCAGGUAAAAAGGCGUUGAAUUUGCGCCUCGACAUCAAUUACGCAGGUCUCCAUUCCACCACUUCGUCGAGCACUGUCCCCCUGUUUUUCCCUUUGAACCCGCAUCAUUCCAUAAAUGACCCCUUUCUCUGAUCUCCUACUUUCGAUAGUGCCAGCGGACUCUAUCCCCGCUCAUCUCAAAUCAUACAUUCCAGGCGUCUCGCCCUUCUCUACAUGGCCAGUGGUGUCAACCCUCAUUGCUUUCUAUCUCGUUUCCAUCCUCACGACACGCGAGUUCAUGAAAAACCGACCCUCAUUGAAACUACAGACGCUCUUCAGAUUUCAUAACGUGUUGCUCAGCACCGGCAGUCUUGUUCUUCUGUUGUUGAUAGCGGAAGAGGUGGUUUCGGUAUGGAUGGAAGUUGGAACUUACGAUUCGAUGUGCGCCCCAUCGUCUUGGACUGAUAAACUAGAGUUCUACUACAUCGUCAAUUACUACUUCAAGUACUAUGAGUUCCUCGACACGUUAUUUUUGGUCUUGAAGAAAAAACCUCUCACCUUUUUGCACGUCUUUCACCACGCCUCAACUGUAUUACUGGCUUUUGUUCAGUUGAACGGCAAACUGAGUCCAUCUUGGACCGUUGUCUCCAUCAACCUUCUGGUCCACGUUGUGAUGUAUUACUACUACUACGCAACUGCAGGAGGCGCCAAAUUCUGGUGGAAGAAAUACCUCACAGCCAUGCAAAUCAUCCAAUUCAUCAUCGACCUCUUCAUAUUCUAUUUCGGCCUGUACCAGCACUACGUCCACAAGUAUUUUCCCGCUCUUCCGCACUUUGGCGAUUGCUCUGGCAGUGAGCCGGCUGCGCUCUUUGGCUGCGCUCUUCUCACAAGUUAUUUGAUGCUCUUCGUCGAUUUUUAUAUGCGCACAUACAGCACGACACCUUCCUCUAAGGUGAAAACAAACGGAGUUGGUCAGACCGUAGUCCCAAAUGGAAUUAGCCACAUGAAACACUAGCCUUCGUGGACAAAUAGAACGUUACAUCUUAAUUGUUUCAUUGCAGAUCACGUAGCAUAUAAUAGUCUCCACGGAACACUAAUACCCGCAGUAUGGUACAAGAAGCAAGAAGUAUGGUACAAGAAGCAAGAAG